UAAACCCGAGUAAAGGAAACAAAACAAGAAUCCGCGAACUUAAACUCCAGAAAAACAAACACAAACACAAACAGUUCGAAAAGAAGCAGCCAUGCGAAUACGAUCAGUAGCAGUUCAACUUGUCAUCUUCUCGAUCAUCUCUUUCUCUCUCCUCUCGAUCUUCGCCGAAGAACAGCAAUUCGACAUUGAUGGAAAAGUGAUUGAUUUGGACGAUUCAAACUUUGAUUCUGCGAUUUCAACCUUCGAUUAUGUCUUCGUCGAUUUCUACGCCCCUUGGUGUGGUCACUGCAAGCGUCUCUCUCCUGAGUUGGAUGCAGCAGCUGCUGCCCUUGCUGGACUGGAGAAGCCCAUUGUGAUUGCUAAAAUUGAUGCUGACAAGUACAGACGUGUUGGUGAUAAAUAUGAGAUUGAUGGCUUUCCAACUCUGAAGCUCUUCAUGCAUGGUGUUCCUGUUGAUUAUAAUGGACCGAGGAAGGCUGAUUUACUUGUCCGUUUUUUAAAGAAAUUUGUUGCUCCGGAUGUAUCUAUUCUCGAUUCAGACACUGCUAUUAGUAACUUUGUUGAAGAAGCUGGUUCUCAUUUUCCCAUCUAUGUCGGCUUUGGAAUGGAUGAGUCUGUCAUAUCCAAGUUUGCCAUCAAAUACAAGAAACAGGCAUGGUUUUCAGUGGCAAAGGAUUUUUCAGAUAGUGUUAUGGAAUCGUAUGAUUUUGACAAAGUACCAGCUCUAGUGUCUCUCCAUCCAGCUUACGAUGAGAAAAACAUAUUCUAUGGGCCUUUUGACGAUCAAUUCAUGGAGGAGUUCAUUAAGCAAAAUGUAUUGCCCUUGUGUUUGCCUAUAAAUUCUGACGCAUUGAAGUUGUUGAGAGAUGAAGAUAGGAAAAUUGUUUUGACUUUUGUGGAGGAUGAGAAUGAUGAUAAAACGAAACAGCUGGUAAAGUUAUUGAAGGCUGCUGCUUCUGCUAAUCGUGAUUAUUUAUUUGCUUAUGCUGGUCUUCAGCAGUUUCCGGACUUCGUUGAGACAUUUGAGAUCAGUAAAAAAACUAAAUUUCCAAAAAUGGUUGUUUGGGAUGGAAAUGAGGAGUAUUUCAAUGUAAUUGAUUCAGAGAGUAUCGGUGAUGAUGAUCAGGGUUCCGCCAUAACACACUUUCUCGAAGGAUAUAAAGAAGGAAGGACAAUAUCAAAAAAGAUUAGUGGCCCAUCAUUCAUGCAGUUCCUGAAUUCCAUGAUUGGCCUCAAAUUAGUUUUCCUCAUUGUUUUCCUGGUAGCUGUCAUGAUGAUAAUACAAACUCUUGGUAAAGAAGAUGAAGAUAAUGCUAGUGCACAGCCUUUGAGACCUGAUAGCAGUGAAGCACAAAGAUCAGGUGACAAGGAAGACUAGGAAAUAUAUGUAACUUCAAGAUUAUCUCUUCAAUCGUGAUUGGACUUAAAGUUGGAGCAGGAUUGCUUAGAGAAAGACAGACGAGUUUCUAACAGCUUCACCUAGUGGUUCCUCGAGCUUUUGCCUUUGGUAUCAGAAUCUGCCAUCACGUUUGGCGUCAAAUUAUGAGGUCACCCCCAUUGUUGCUGCUAACUUAUGGCGUCAAAUUAUAGGUCAUCCCAGUGUUGCUGCUAACUUAUUGUGCUUUGUAACAUUUUUCUUGGUUUUACCUUUGUUCAUUUUGUACGAAGUAUCAUUAAUGGUUCUGCUUCCUUUUUUUUUUUUUUUUUUUUAAAUUACAGUGUCAAAUGCAAGUAAAGAAAAAUGAAACAGAAUUUUGAUCCAUCCAAUGUUUAGAUUUGUUGUAUGAGUACUUAAUAAAAGAAUGAAGUUAAAUCUA